CUCUCUUUCUCUCUCUCGAUCUCUCCACCUCUCUCUCUCGCUUGAUGCUCGCCGCGACUCUGAGCUCCAGAGGUUUGUAGCCCUGGGGAGUCGUGCAUUUCCGGACUGUUCCGGUCGAGAGAGCAGCAGCAAGAACACACAGGACUGAGAGCCGAACAAACACUCUCCAAUUUCCACGCCCGGCAGGUGACCACCAUGCAUCUGGAGGAGCUGAAGAGGCUCCAGAAUGGUCUGAAACAUGUGAGCGAUGGAAGAUACCAUCUGCACAAUCAUCAGCUGACGACGGACUUGGAGAACAAUGUGGCGCAGAUCCCAGUCAACAUGAGGCCUUUGGAGUCCAAAGUGUUGAUUAUCCAGCGCGCCUGGCGCGACUUCGUCCAGAGGCAGGACGUCCUGCACCACAGCUGUCUGGAGAAGAGGAGCCCCUCGCCUCCGUCCCUCUCCUCCUCCGGGAAGAUGAGCACCUCCAUCAGUAUGACCACACUGUCAGAUGGCAGCACCCCUGGUGUGCCGGCAGCCUGGGGGGAAGGCAAGGCCUAUGCACAGGGGAGGGAGGGAUGCUGGUGGUUGGAGAGGGAGCAGCUGCUGACGGACCAGCCUGUGCCGCUCUCCACACUCCCCAACGCCCGUCCUCGGGGACGGCGGGGCUGCUGA